UGCUAAAUUUGAAACAUCGGAUUUCGGAAUGGAUCUGUCAAAAUUCCAGUGAAUCUUGCAAAUAAAUUAGAAAUAAGCCAAAAAUAAAAAUACUAGAUUUAUUAGAAAUGUGAAAUUAUUAGUAUCAAGGAAAUCUACAUUCGCAAAUCAUCUGCGAAAUAAAACCGGUCUUAAGUCAACGAUGGACCCGGAAGAAGGCUGUGAGCUUCAGCAUAAGACACCGUCCGAUAUACCUAGAGUACACAAUUACAGCAACCUCAACCGUCCUCACACCAGUCCACAUGUAUCAUCAGAAAACCCGAAUCCGUCUACAUCGGGCCUCCAGACAGUCGCGCCAAACAGAGACAGCAUGAGAAAAAAUGAAGACGAAUGUAAGGAUAAAGAAAAUGAAGGCGCCAUAUCUGACUGGGUGUCGGGUGGGCCCAUUGGCUCUAAAGCUGCUGUUCUGGUCUUCCGAUCAUGUGUCCUAGCCUCUAGGACUCCUUCAAUGGAGUCUACGACGAAAACUAUAGGAAAUAAUACGGGUACAACUAUAUUGUUGAACAAAGCCAAGAAUAUGGCGAAGCGGUUAGUGGCGGAGCCUCAUUCUUUCAGCGUUAGACCAAAGACUAUUAUGCAUGAUGUGAUGGAAACUUUCGGGACCGGCAACAAGUUUUCGACCCAAGCGUACGUGGUGAGACACGUUAGUAACGAUGAAAUGGCAGAGACAGAGGUUGUUGAAGAACAGGGACAUGAGCCUGCGCAACAUAAAAGGGACAUAGAAGACGUACUCAAUGAUCUUAGCAAGAUUACUUUGAAGAAACAUCUGAAUAUUGAAAACACUACAGCGAAUAUCAAACCACCUGAGGAACCGCCACCCCCGCCUAAAGACCAGAAAGAAGAGAAGAAAGCUAAAAAGAGUAAAAGCAAGAAUAAGAAGAAGAACAACAGCAAUAAUAGACCGUCGUCGCCGAUGACCCUUGACAGUGAUGAUUCAGAACAUUUGCUGGUGAAGGAAGUCGACAGUGUCAAGUAUGUUUACCAGGUGUUGGACAGUUCUCACAUGCCCGCGCGCCUCCUCAAGGUCACAUACAAACUGGUUAACACUGAAACGAAGUUGUUACACCGGCUGCUCCAAGCACACGGCCUCCAGGAGGCCUGCCCGGACUCCAAAGACUUCAACUUGCUGUGGUCGGGACUCCACCCCAAGCCGGACGUGUUGAGGUCACUGGCGCCCUACCAAAGGGUCAACCAUUUUCCAAGAUCAUACGAGUUAACUCGAAAGGACAAACUAUUCAAGAACAUAGAGAAAAUGCAAUAUUUCCGCGGCCUAAAGCACUUUGACUUCGUUCCCACGACGUUCCUGAUGCCAGCUGAAUAUAAAGAGCUAUGCUCCACUCAUUACCGCACAAAGGGCCCGUGGAUUGUAAAGCCAGCUGCUUCGAGUCGAGGGCGCGGAAUUUAUAUCGUCAACACGCCCGAACAAAUACCCAAAGGCGAGAAUGUGGUAGUGGCAAAGUACAUAGAUAAACCUUUACUCAUUGGCGGCCACAAAUGUGAUCUUCGACUAUACGUGUGCAUGACAUCUAUAGACCCUCUCCUCAUUUACCUGUACGAGGAGGGACUCGUGAGGUUUGCCACGGUGAAAUACGACAAGACGAAUAAGAACUUAUGGAACCCGUGCAUGCACCUGUGUAACUACAGCAUCAACAAAUACCACACAGAUUAUAUCAAGUGUGACGACCCUAACGCGGGUAACAUCGGUCACAAGUGGACACUGUCAGCGUUACUCCGUCACCUUCGCAAGCAAGGCCGCAACACUACCGCGCUGAUGGCCGCCAUUGAAGAUCUCGUGGUGAAGUCCAUUCUGUCCUCAGCUCAGACAAUCACGGCCGCCGCUAGGGUAUUCGUACCAAACUUCUUCAACUGCUUCGAAUUAUUCGGCUAUGAUAUUUUAAUAGACGAGAUGUUGAAACCAUGGUUGCUGGAAAUCAAUUUGUCACCAAGUCUGGCGUGCGAGAGUCCGCUGGACGCGCGCGUGAAGUCGGCGCUCCUGGCCGACACGCUGACGCUGGUGGGGCUGCCGGCGGUGGGCACCAAGCUGGACGUGGUCAACAACUCGCUCAAGAUGAGGAUCGGCGCGUGUCGUCGCGUCCACUCAGCGGAGAACGUCUGCGUGACACGGAAGCCUACCAACGGUUCAGGAUCGUCCGGGCCACAGGCCGGGGCUCCGCCCUCGGUGGGGGCCAACGGGGCCGCACUGACCGGCGAGGAGAUGCGGCUGGUGCGCGCCGUGAGGGCCCAGUACGCGAGGAGAGGGGGCUUCGUCAGGAUCUUCCCCAGCCAGAACUCUUGGCAGAAAUACUCCCAGUAUCUGGACCCCGUGUGCGGCGUGCCCGUGUGCUCCACGUCGCUGAACAACAACGCGCCCUACAACGUGGUGCAGCACAACUACAACCUGCUCGUGCACACGCACGUGCUGCCGCACUUCCAGAACGCGCUCGUCGCCACCAGCGUCACUGACACGCCGCAACGGUUAAAACGCUACGAAGCAGUGACAGUGACAUCAACCGCGCCGGCCAUCACGCUAGAACAGCAGCCGCCGCCGGCGACGCAGCAGCACCUGGACACGAGGCGCGCCAAGGAUCUGGUCAAACACCAGCUGAUGGACGGCUUGAGGCUCACUAUGGGCGAAGGGCGACGCGCAUUCGGCCUCUUCCUCACAUACGUGCUGAAGCGGAUAUCCUCUCCCGCGAACGAGUUGGCCGUGUCUCAUGCGGCGCUAGUGCUCAAGUUCCUCAAACGCGCGUGCUCGACGCUCAGAAUGCCUUACAAUGUAAAGACUUUGCUAAAUGAACAAAUGUGCAGAAGAAACCUUAAAACGUAUAGAGGUCCAAUCUUCCAGUACACUACACACUGCUAUUACUGCUGCGCGGAUGACAGGGGUCCCCCGGUUAAGAUGUGUGACAAGGACCGCUGCGCAGUCAUCGCGAAACAGCUCAACGACUUCCUGUACAUGUACUAUAGGGAAACUGAUCUGUACACCGACAGCGAGGACAAGGAGGGAUGCGUCUCCAAUAUACACUUCGCACAGUUCCUGUAUUCUGCCAGUGAGGCGGACCUCGAAGACGUACUACUGUUGCUGCUAAGGAUCGAGAACCAGAUUACAACAUUCCUGGGAGACACCCGCAACCCGUUCUGCGUGGAUCUCCCCCCCAGCAAGUUGGCCGAGCCCCCCACAAAACACACGCUAUUGAAACAUCUGGCUUGUCUGUCGCCCGUCAACACGAGGAGAUAUCGGCCGUCAGUGUCGGACAGCCUGAGCAAGUCGGAGGAGGAGCCCUCGCUGGAGUCGGCGGAGAGCCCGGCGCCGCGGCUGCCGCCCUUCACCAACUCCGACAUCGUGCUCAAGGAGUCCCUCAAGGAGGAGAAACCCUUAAACAUGGCGCUCAAGUACGCGCGCUCCUAGCGGGGAUAGACUCUGCUACGAGUAGCUCUGGUACUGUAUGACCGGUUUAACUUAUUUGAACAUUUAAAAAUAUUGACGAUUUUCAGUAUGAAUGUCGCGGCCAAAUGUUGAAAUAGUUUUUGAAUUUUGAAGCAAAUUUUAACCGAUUGACUGCGACAUGAACAGCUCUAACAAGUAGUCGCACAAUGUCAACUGUUUUCGGUAUGCAAUGUCCCUUAGUUUCUCGUUUCUCAAUCCCAUUCUCCCUAGUCUGAAUAUUUCAUUCAAAAUCUUGUGCGAUACUUCAGAAAUUAUUAAAUUUUUUAGCCUUGAACGUCAACAUUUUUUUGUUUCAUUGUUGUUCUUAUUAAAUAGAAAAUCUAUUUUAAUUAUCUGCAAAUACAGGGUUUGAUAAAACCUAUAAUAAAAAUCGGUCAUACAGAGAAAAUAGCGUAGCUUUUACGCGCUAGAAUUUGCCUUUUGUGCCUACCGACAGUAUACUAUCAGCAUAUCUCGAGAAGUAUUAUAGUUCAAUAUUAACUGCCGAUUAAACGAAGUGCAACAACUGGUUGUGAAUUGACAUGACGUGUUACAUACCCCAUUUAUGAGUAGUCGGAUUUUAAAUUAUGUACAUCUAUCUAUAUAAAUAAAUAAUUUAUUUUUUCUUUCACACGAAUUAUUAUAAUUAUCGAGUAUUUUGAGCCAUGUAUUAUUUAUUGUUGUGUCUGUUUAUUUUUAUCCUAAAUUGCCGAUUUACGACUAAACGGGGAACGACAUGUUAUAUAUCAAAUUAAUUGUCCAAAAUUAUUGCUAUCUCUUACACCUUAUGUGGCAUACGAAAGAGAUUUCAAACAAUAUUUGACAAUGAAUUUGAUAAGUGAAACAACGUCAUUAGACAAGCCUCGACUUGUUUAGUAUAAAGCUCGGAUGAUGUAGAAUGAAAAUUAUAUUAUAGUUCAAAAAUUGCAAUUAUCAUAAGUCGCUUUGCCAAAAUUUGCUGUUUGAAUGUUGAUAUUAAUAUUUCGAUUUUAAUAGAAUUAACUAGCAAUCUCAAGCGACGUUGUAUUUUCCAAAUGAUUCAGUAUAGCACGUUAUUAGUUUUUUUUUAUUACAUUAAACUGUCGAAUUUAAUGUGACAAUAGACAAGUUUAAACAUUUUCUAUACUGGAAUUAUUUAGUCUAUCGCCUUCACAUGGCACUAAUCAGUACCGCCACAUAGUUAUAACCAAAGAUCAGAGGAUAUUUACAUUUUACUGAAACCUACUUAUGGGACCUAGCACUAUAAAUUACAAUUUAAUUAAAUCUAAGGUGCUAUGAGGGAGAAACCAGUGACACAAUAUGCUGCCUCAAUCCAACCAUCAUUUUCAAAAUAUUUGAUGACAAAAUAUUAUAAAUAAUGGCAAAGUCGAGAGAUUUCCAUUUGCUACGAAAUAAUAUCUAUAGAAAAUUAUAGUCUCGCUAAGUCCUUGUCUUGUUAAUGUCAGAUGUUAGUAAAAGAGAUGACAGAAAACACAUUUCAACUGAGAAGGGUAAGCCCUUUUUAGUGUUUUAAAGUGUUCAUUAAUGAUAAGACGGUAUUUAUCAAUCAAUACAAAUCAAUAUUGAACCGUAGCAGAUUUUACAAAAACGCUAGAGGGCGCCCCACUCGACUAGGAUAGACUGACCUAGAUUGUAUGUACUUAAUCCUAUCUGCGAUUUAUCUACUCAAAUUUUAUUGUUGAAAUAUUUUAAUUUUCAUUUUAAUAUUUUAUGAAUAUUUCGACAUGGGAUACUAAUGAAAUGAGAAGUGUAACAAACAAUAAUUAUGAUAAAAUUACGGUUUAUAGAAUAACAUUUUUUUUUAUUUGAUGUCAUCUUGUUAUAUGAAAGGUUGGCUAUGAUUUAGUAUGAUGCUUUAGAAUUUAUUUAAUUAUAAUAAUACCUAUGUACUUAAAUAUUUGAUAUUUAUGUAAAUUUGUAAUUGUGUACCAGAAAAAAAAAUACUAUUUUUUUUUUAAUAUAGGGAAACUUUCUGUGUAAGGUACACUGUCACGAAUUUCAAAUCACAUAUUCUUCUGUUAUUUAUUGUAAUAGCUUCGAUUUUAAGUUAGAACUGAUGCUAGUCGAAGGUCAAACCUGUGAGGUACUUCCGCCAAAGGUUAAAGUUAUUUAUCAAACAUAAUAUAUUUUGUUUUCCUUUGAAAUAAACUAUUGUAGGCUCACUUUAGUUGUAGAUAAAUAUAUGAUACCUGUUGUCUUGCAAUCUUAUGAACAUAGAAAUUUAAGCCUAUACCAUGAAUUUGGGUUUUGUAAGAAUAAAAUAUAACCUUGAUCGAAUACAGGCCGUCCAUCUUAAUUUAUUGAUAACUGUAACCACAAGUAUUAACUUCUUUUUGGAUAUUUUUUAAUAACAAGUACUGUAUUUAUUUUGUUUUAGAUAUUUAAUUUACAUUCACCCUAUGAACGUAUACUUUUUGAACAUGAUAAUGUUAAGCCUCCAGUUAAAUGGUAUGUCAGCCGCGUGAUAUUCAAUCUAUCUCAGUCACACACACACACACCUUACGUGCAUAAGAGACGUGUAAAUAGCCUCAUUAGCUAUAUCUAUUACAAAUUUCAUCAUAAUCGGUCCGGCGGUUUAGCUGGGAAAGCGUGGCAGACUUUCGCAUUUAUUAGUAUGGAUUGGUUACCCAUCUGUUUUUGAUUAUAUAACUACCUAUUUUUAUAGUACUGAAAAUAGUUUGUUUUUGACGGUGUAGAUUCAAACUGCUAAAAUCAAAUUCCGAAUAAAGAUCUCGCAAGUAAAUUUAAAUAUAAUAUCUUAUUGUGAUACGUGCAGCUAGGGAAAUAAACCUUUUUUUAUUAAAAAAUAUACUACAUAGCAUAGCCCAUGUUUUUUAUCGUUUUGAUGUUAGGUAGUGCCAUAAUGCAAUAAUAUCUUUGUUCAAUUUUUGUGUUUUGUUAGGACUGGUCUGCUUUUUCAACUGUGUCACUGAAAUAGUAAAUAAUAACAAUGCCUUUUUUACACAGUUGAAAUAGAAUACUCUGAUCCCUUAUUUUCAUUUCCAAGCUUGUGGACAAUGUGUGUGUCAUAAAUUCCAACAUGGGUGCGUUUCAACAAAACUAAGUAUCGAAUAUCUUAAAAUUUUAUCCUUGUAGAAACGCAGCCAACAAAAUGCAUGACGCUUCGCUUAUGAAUACGAACUGCAAUGAAUGUAGCCCUCAGCAAAUUUUUAAUCUAAAUAAAUGUUGUGGAAAUAUAUUUUGAAUAUGCUAAUAAACUCUUAAUAAUAUC